GUCGUGUUCAGUUGUAGGCAAUGAUCAGACGCUCUUUUCUCCUUACUGCAAAACCGGGAUAAGGUAGCAGAACAAAAUGGCCGCUCUGACCGUAGACCCGACAGAGCAGCCUCGGAUGUACCAGCAAAUCCUCCUUCAAGACGGACUGUGUGACCUCUUGGAGAAUGACAAGUUUGUGGACUGCGUCCUCAAAGUCAAGGACAAGGAGUUCCCCUGCCACCGCUUGGUUUUGGCAGCCAGUAGUCCCUUCUUCAAGGCUAUGUUCCUGUCCGACCUGGAGGAGAGCAAGACACGUGACAUCAUCCUCAAAGAUGUCGAGCCCGGCACGAUGGGGAAGAUUUUGCGCUACCUCUACACCUCCGACAUUAAUUUGACAGAACAGAACGUCCAGGACAUCUUCAUAGUUGCUAACAUGUACCAGAUCCCGUCCAUCUUCUCUGUUUGUGUGUCCUACCUUCAAGAAAAGCUGGUGCUAGGCAACUGCUUGGCUAUCUUUAGGUUGGGGCUGCUGCUGAACUGUCCCAGGCUCGCCCGGACCGCUCAGGAGUUCAUCUGUGAACGCUAUCAGGUCGUAAUCAGGGACCAGGAUUUUCUGCAGCUCGCCGCGACUGAGCUGGCGCUCAUCAUCAACUCGGAUGCGCUUAACGUGGAGCGGGAAGAACUGGUGUUUGAAUCGUUGAUGGACUGGGUCGCGCACGACGAGAAAAAAAGGCUUGAGGAACUGCCCAAAUUGUUGCACUGCGUUCGCUUUAGGUUGAUGCCCUUGGACUACUUUAAAGAAAAAGUGGAACGACAUCAAUACAUCCGGUUGGACCAGGGCAUCAAGAAAGACUUGGAUCUGGUUAAGGACGCUCACAGAGGUCGUCUGCCGAAACCCAAGUUGGAAAGGACUAGGGGAGAAGGAAGUGAGGAGGAUGAAGAGGGUUAUCUGCCGGGAAUACUCAACAACAACCCCCGUUUCGGGAUGUUUGAGAUGGACUUGCUGCUCAUGAUCAGCGAAACGGGGACUGUGGCCUAUGAACCCGUUGCAAAUGAGUGCUUCGUGGUGUCGGACUCGAGAGAGAUUCCGAAAAACCACUGCAGCCUGGUGACCAAGGAGAACCAGGUUUUUGUCGUGGGCGGGCUUCUCUACAAUGAGGAGAACCAAGACGAACCCUUCAGCUCUUACUUCUUACAGUUUGACCCCGUAAGUUCCGAGUGGUUAGGGAUGCCCUCCCAGCCCAACCCUCGCUGCUUGUUUGGGAUGGCAGAAGUGGAGAACUCCAUCUUUGUUGUUGGAGGCAAGGAACUGAAGGAAGGCGAGCAUGUUCUGGACUCAGUCAUGAUCUAUGACAGACAAUCAUUCAAAUGGGGGGAGUCAGACCCGCUUCCAUAUGCUGUGUACGGCCAUGGGACUGUAUCACACAAAGGGCUGGUCUAUGUGAUUGGUGGGAAAUCGGAAAGCAAGAAGUGCAUGAGGAGAGUCUGUGUCUACAACCCCACCAAGUUUGAGUGGAAGGACUUGGCCCCCCUGAAAACAGCCCGCUCCCUGUUCGGUGUUGUAGUCCACAAGGAUCAGAUUUUUGUUGUGACGGGAGUUACGGAAACGGGUCUCACCAGCUCUGUGGAGGUCUACGACAUAGCCGGCAACAAGUGGUCUGACUUUCCCGAGUUCCCUCAGGAGCGCAGCUCCCUCAGUCUGAUGUCCGCGGGGGGCUCCCUGUACGCUGUGGGGGGCUUUGCCAUGAUGGCCGACGAAGCCGGCGAGGAGCCCGCCCCGACAGAAAUGACUGACAUCUGGAGAUAUGAUGAGACGGAGAAGUGCUGGAGCGGGAUUCUACGUGAAAUUAUCUACGCGGGGGGAGCCACCAUCGUUCCAGUCCGUCUCAACACUCUGCGCCUCACCAAAUUAUAACGCAAUGGUGACAAUGCGCCGCGAGCAAGGACGGUGUACCGAUUAAGCGUAAUCACGCGUGUUUGUCACUGGGGGAUGAGUCAGAGAAUGGAAAUGAAAUGCCAGAUGGAUUUCAUAAAAGGAAAUUUACACAUC